UGCCGAAACUUUAGGAUAUAUGCCGACGACUGUAUAGUAAGAAUUUCGUGAAAUUUUAACUCGCUAAACUGCAGCGUUUUAGUAAACUUAAGUACAAUCCUUGAUACAGUGCGACAAAACAGACGCAAGAAUACAAAUACGGUGAAUGCAUUUGUUACCGGCGGAUAAGGAGGCUUAGGACAUUCUGGCGAUUGUUUUUCAUUUACAGCGAAUUUCUGAGGGGCUUUGCAUCUUGAAAACAAGACUCAGUAGCCGUUGAUGUAGUAAACUGAGUGAGCCGGCACCAGCAGCAGCAGCAACACCAUCACCAUGUCUUUUCCGCUGGAGUCGUUCGUCAACAGCGUCAAGACGCUGUCGUCCCAGGGCAACCUCAGCUGCCUGUAUGAGUUCCUGGAGAACUCGUCCGAGAUGCUCUCCAAGAACACCACACACCUGGAGGCGGCGCUGUCGUCGUUGGAACUCGGGCAACACUCUCUCGGCAUCCUGGCGCUGCUGCUGGCGCGAUUCAAGGCCGGCGCCGGCGAACCGGCCACCCUCGACCGACAAAUGGCCGAGUUUGUGGAGGGUUGUGCCGUGGAUCAGAUCCGCUACGCGCCGGACUCGUACGCCGAACUGUGUCACCUCUACACCAAGAAGCUGCUGGAGCGUAGUAAGGCCAUCAAGGGCCUGCGCGUGCUCCAGCAGGCGAUCGCCAAGAUCCAGGCCAGUCCCAACCAGCUGACCUCAAUCCACGCGGACCUUUGUCACCUGGCGCUCAGUGCCAAGUGUUUUAGGCCGGCGCUGGACGUGCUAGACGUGGACAUUGCCGAUAUUAGCAAAGAGAAUGGUAAGUUCGAGUCGCGACACCUCCUUCUGUACUAUUACUACGGUGGUCUGAUAUAUACGGCGGUGAAGCAAUUUGAGCGUGCGCUGUUCUGCUUUGAGAUAUACUUUUCGGUGCCGUCGCUGUCACUCAGUCACAUUAUGGUGGAGGCGUUUAAGAAGCACAUCCUGCUGACGCUGAUCCUGCGGGUGGAGGCGCCGCCGCCCAAACACUGCUACUCAGAGGUGGCGCGGACCACCAUGGGUCGCCGCAUCCGGCCGUUCUGUGUGCCUUACGUCGAGCUGGCGACGGCGUUCGCGCAGCGCAGUCCCGAGCCGCUGCUGGCGGUGGUGACGCGCCACCAGGAGCAGUUCACGCGCGACCAGAACACCGGCCUCGUGAAACAGGUGGUGGCCAGCCACAACAAGAUGAACAUUCAGCGGCUGACAAAGACGUUCGUCACGCUGUCACUCUCGGACGUGGCGUCGCGCGCGCAGCUGCCCAGCGCACAGAAAGCCGAGCUCCACGUGCUCGGUAUGAUCGAGGAGGGAGAGAUCUUCGCGGCCAUCGACCAGCGGGACGGCAUGGUGCGCUUCCAGGACAGUCCCGAGCAGUAUGCGGCGCCCGAGAUGGUGGCCCGCCUGGAGCGCGAGCUGGCGCAAAUCAUGGCGCUGGAGCGGCGCCUCCAGCAGCUGGACGAGGAGAUCCAGCUGGAGCCGCAGUAUGUCCAGAAAGCCACCAAGACCCAGCACGAAGACGACUCGGGACAGGCGUGCAGCUCCUCGCAGAAUAACAAGGUGGCAAACAACAUCAUGUGAGCCGCCCAGAGAGCCGUCACCAUCAGUCUGUGUUAUUGCCCGUGUUCUACCAGCGCCCUGGCUGGCUUAUUGUGCUGCCGUCAUGUACUAAUGCAAAUAUAGGACAAUGUGAAA